GGGGAUGUCUGAGUGAGACCGGUUGGCUGCCGGAGAUCUGUCAUUUUGGUUCUUUUUAACCCAUCAUUUUCUGUUUUGUAAUUGUGUUCCUCUGAGACCCGCGCACCCCUCGAGUGGUGGAAUGAGCUGUUGAACGUCAGCAGCUUGUGGAGCAUGGGUACAACUGCCAGUGCCGCACCACAGCCUGUUUCUGUUGCGUCGCCGCUUGAGAGUGUCCAUGGUAACGGGAUGGCUGACAGCAAGCAGUCUCUUUGCAUGAGCCCCUUCCAGACAGUCAGCAUCCACAACAACAAGGCCAAGUCCAUCAUCACCAACAAAGUUGCACCUGUUGUCAUCACAUACAAUUGCAGACAGGAAUUCCAGAUUCACGAUGACAUACUCAAGACCAACUACAAAGUCGGUCGGAUAUCAGACACUUUGCCCGAGCACUACCUGGUGCAGGGGGAGUACUUCAUGGUCCAGGAUGUGUACAGCAAGGCUGAUGUCCUAAACACCACGGAUAGCUAUGGAGCACCGAACUUCCGCCAAGUGAAAGGAUCCUACCCCCUAUACGGGAUGGGCCAGCCCAGUUUGAAUGGAUUCAAGCAGGUUCUCCAGAGACUCCAGGCACAAGGACAAGAGGAGGUUAUAUUCGUGUGUGUAAGAGAGGAGCCGGUUGUUUUCCUGCACAAGGACAAUGACUUUGUGCCAUAUACCCCGAGGAGGAAGGAAAAUCUACACGAGAACCUUCAUGACCUGGAAAAAGAGAAGAGGGUGGAAAGCCUGGAGCUCACCAUCAGAAAGGAGCUCCAUGACUUUGCCAAGCUUAAUGAAAACGUCUUCUAUGUCUAUAAUGACAUUGAGUACUUUAAAGAUGAGCCACAGAAGAUAUCGAUCGCGUGUGACGAGGACAUCCAUGUGACUGAAGAGGUCUAUAAGAGGCCGAUGUUCACCAUGCCGGCCUACAGGUACUACAGAUUACCGCUGCCCACGGAGGGAGCACCACUGGAAGAAGAUUUUGAUGCAUUUGUUAACAUACUUCGGGAGAGCCCAAGCUUGUCUCUGGGCCACGUUGCAUCCCAGAAGUUGCCUGCACUGCUGUUUAGUUGCCAGGUGGGCGUUGGACGCACCAACCUAGCCAUGAUCCUGGGCACGCUUGUCAUGAAUCGCCUGAGGGGUGAUUCACAGCCUCCGCCCCAAGCUGAGGAGCCAGCUGCUUCAGAGCCCAGACCGCUGUUCCAGGUCAUCCAGUCUCUAAUCAACAAGCUGCCUAAUGGACAGCAGGUCAUGGAAGAGGUUGACCAGGCUGUUGCCCUGUGUUCUGAAAUGCACAACAUAAAAGAAGCAAUAUAUGAGAACAAGAGUAAGCUGGAAGGGAUUGGUGAGGAUUAUCAAAUUCAGGGAAGCAGUACCAAAGACUACUUUCUUAACAGAACAAUGCAGAGUUUGGAGCGAUACUUCUACUUGAUUGUAUUCAAUGCAUACCUUCAUGAACAGUAUCCUCUUGGCUUUGUGUCCAACUUUAGCCACUGGAUGUGCUCCCAUGCUUGGCUGUACAGGUUACUGGCCUGCAUGGAUCUAUCAGAGCUGUCCGCUCCGGCUGAGCUGGUCACUAAAGGAGCCCGUGUGCUGGUUGCUGAUGAGUACUUUGCUCCUGAUGUGCUCAGCACAGUAAAGGAGAUGAAGGCGGUCAACUUCAGGAGAGUGCCCAAGAUGCCCGUUUAUGGAGUGGCUCAGCCAACAUCUGAGGCUACCGGAGCUGUUUUAGCCCAUCUGAUGGAUGAAAAGAGGAAGCACACCCACGUGCUGUGGGUCAACCUGCAGGAAGAGUUGGUGUUAGAAGGAAAUGGGCAAAUUUAUGCUGUGAGGGAGCCCACGUGCCUGGACCAGCACAUCUCUAUCCCAUCAUCUGACCCAGAGUUGCUAGAGAAACUGGAGACGUCCCUGAAGGAGGAGAUUCUGCAAGCACAGAAGUGGCUGGAGGUGAGCCUGGAGCAGGAGAAACAGAUGAAGAUGUUUAAAAGCUGCCUGACUGUUCAGGAGAUCUUCAGCCAGCACAAAAGCUCUCACCAGGGCCUUAUCUGCAAACGCGUCCCUCUGCCAGACUGCAGCGCACCCAGGGAGGAGGACUUUGAUAAGCUCUUGGAGGCCAUGAAGAGUGCCUUGGCUGAGGAUUCCCACUCAGCCUUUGUUUUUAAUUGCUCUAACGGCAAAGGGAGGACCACAACCGCGAUGGUCGUCGCUGUUCUGACUCUCUGGCACUUUAAUGGUUUUCCUGAGUUUGCUGAUGAUGAGAUUGUGAGUGUUCCUGAUGCAAAGUACACAAAAGGAGAAUUUGAGGUCGUGAUGCAGCUGGUGCGUCUGCUCCCUGAUGGCCACAGGAUGAAGAGGGAGGUGGACAUGGCCCUGGACACUGUCAGCGAGACCAUGACUCCCAUGCAUUACCAUCUGAGAGAGAUCAUCAUCUGCACUUACAGACAGAUCAAAAGUGGUAAGACAGAGAAGGAGUGUCAGCAGCUGCUGCUGAGAAGCCUGCAGUACCUGGAGCGCUACAUUUACCUCAUCCUCUUCAACACAUACCUGCAUCUAGAGAAGAAGGACUCCUGGCAGCGCUCCUUCACUCUUUGGAUGGAACAGGUGGCUGCCAGAGCUGGAGUUUAUGACAUCCUCAACCGGCUGGGCUUCUCUGAGUUUGAAAACCCGAGGGACACGCCGCUGGCCAGGCUGCGCUGCCGCUGGCAACAGCAAAACAUUCUGUCACUUCCUUUCCGCGGGGAGUUCAUCUGAGAGGGGGUUCACUGUGAAUGCACCGAAACAGUACUGUGCUUUUCAGAAUAAAAGACAUUUACAAUAACAUAGUUAUGCCUUCUGUAUUUACCCUUGUCUUCUGUAUAUUUUUACACGAUCUGUUGUUUAUGUUACUGCUUUUUUUUUUUUUUUUUUUUACUCAUGAUGUUAACAGCUUUUACCUGUUUUAAAGUCUUUAAAUCUCAGCAACAUGCUGCUUCUGUAUUAGAAGUUGUGCCUUUUUUUCCCCAGUGAAUUUAUUAAUGUACUAAUUUGUACACAUUUAGGCAAGUUGCUGUUUUUAAAUUUGUUUUUGUUUUGUUUUUUUUUUAAAUCAGUUAAAAAUGGGCUCACUUGCGACAGCUAUUUAAAACUUCUGUUGAAACCAGAGUUAAAUGUUGUUGUGGAGGGGAAGAGAAGAAAAUUCCUCUGUGUUGUCAGCCAGCAAUUAAGGUUGCGUGCCACAAGUGUUUGCUGUUUCUUCUUAGUGCAUCUGUUUUAGAUGACUGUGCACUUGUUCCACUUUUUGAGAUGAGUCCCUAUGUACAUAAGGAAGCUAUCAUUAUUUAAAUAACUGUGCCAUUGAGUUUUCCAAAAGUUGCAAAGAUGCAAAUGUAUAACAGCACUUAUGUGUCCCUCUGUUGUGCCUGUUUUUGUUUUGCUUUUUGUUUUUUUUUUUACACUUGAUUAUAUCUGUCACGAUACAGGUACUAACAUGUCAGGAAUUUCUAUGUUAUAUUUUACUUUGAAGUUUUUUAUGUCUUUUUGUUUUUCAAGUUUGUUUAAAAAAAAUGGCGAGUGGUUAAAAUCACUUCUCUCAUGUGAAGUGACAAGGCAGAGAUGUCCUUUUU